AUGACAGAGCAAGAAGUUGUAGUUGCACUCGCUGCAGCUCUUGUCCACGCCCGAGUCCUAGAUGCUGAUUCUCAAUCAUCUUUCAUUGCAGUCUACCGUGCUCUCGAUGACGCAGAACGGCUCAUCUUUUACCACAAGAAGCAUUUCGGCGCCGACUCGCUGCAUUUCCAGCAAGGAUGCGAAGAAUUUCUGCUCCUGAGCAAUACACUUGCAAUAAAGGCCUUACAGACAUCCUCAUCAGACGAUACUAUCACAUCUAAACAAUGCCACGACCUUCUCCUGCGCGCAGAGCAGCACACUCUGUUCCGCCUCAUCACACUCAACAAUCUUGCGUGUCAUGCGAAACACAUUGGUAAGCCACUUGCCGCCGUCAGCUUUCUCGAAAGAGCGCUAAAGGUGCAGCUCAAGUUGCAAAGAGCCGAAUUCGCCAUUCCAGCGUCCGAAAUCGCUCUCACUCGACUCAAUUUAUGCGCUGUACUCUCACAACUGCGCCGCCACGCUGCAGCCGCUGCACAUGCCAAAGCCGCAGUGGCUCAUCUCUCAACUGGUGGGGGUCCACGCAACCUCAGCAUCGAGGUUGCUCAGUUAUUACUCGUGGCACAUUACAACUUUGCAGUCGAACUCGAGCAUCUCUGCGAUCGCGAUGCAGCCUGGCUUCAAUACGAUUCUGUGUUGAUUGUAGCGGAUCACUACAAGCUCCAGAGUGACCUCGUCCAAAGCGUGCGAGCUAUAGUAGGCCAAGACACAUUGAGAAACAGGCCAGAAAGUAGACAACUUUCACCACGAGAGCGAACGCCACGAGAACGUUAUAAACCCUUGCGUAGACCGCAGUCUACGCAAGGGUUUAUAACGUUCUCGUCCUAG